GAUGCUUAUCGGGAUCGGAAGGCAACCGCGCUCGCGUCGGCGGGCCUAUAAAUUGGUCGAGGACCCCGUGAUGCGUCAGUUGCUCGAGUAUCUCACAGCAAUCAGCCACCAUGGUCAGCAAGGUUGUCGUCGUCGCCCUCGCGGCUCUGCUCUGCGCCCAGGCCUUCGUGUCUGCGGCCCCCCAGAAGGAGGAGCUGGGUGCCCACCAGCUCGGUGGCUACAUCAAGUGCAUCAAGGACUUGACCAACAGCUUCACCAUCGUCAAGGACAUCACCGGCAUCGUCAGCGGCUACAAGACCAUCUUCUCAGCCGCCAAGACCGCCAAGGCCGCCUGCUCCGAGGACAAGGACAAGUCCGCUGAGGACAUCAGCGCCUGCAAGCAGAAAAUCACCCAGCAGGAGAUCAACGACCUCAUGGCCGAGACCACCAAGCUGGGCGAGAGGAUCGUCGCUGACUGGCCCAAGGUCCAGGGCAUCAUCUCUGAGUGCUUCUAGAUGAUUUUUUAAUAAAUCACAAUACCCUCAA